CCGAUCUAAUGUGAAAAAUCUUGUCAUUCUGAUAUUCCAAAAAAAAAAUUCAAAACCUUAUUCAAAAUGUUGCCAACUUUAAUGUGUCUUUUAUUGCUGUUUGAAGCGGCUCGCGGUUUCAUGAUCACGGUCGAUGCCCAUGAGACGGUCUGUUUCUUUGACCGCGCACACGAGAAGGACAAGAUCACAGUCAACUUUGAGGUAAUGGAGGGUGGCUUCAAGGAUAUUGCCGUAGAGAUUUUAGCACCCAACAAUGACAGAUUGUACCAUGCGGAAGCGGAAACCAAUGGCAGAUAUACCUUUGCGGCCAUCAAGGAUGGGCAGUACACGCUCUGCUUCGACAACACACAGUCCUCACUGACACCCAAGAUCCUGAUGUUCCAUUUCAUAGUCGUCAAGGAUCUCAACUACUACAUCGAUCCCCACAAGCGCGCCGACGACGUGAUCGAGCAGUCGGUCCUGCAGGAGAACGUCAACGCACUCUCCAGCCAGUUGAUGGCCAUCAAGCAUGAGCAGGAGUACAUGCAUGUGCGCUAUAAAGGACAUUUGGAGAUCAGCGACAAUGUUCAUUUUCGCAUUAUAGCCUGGUCCAUCUUUGGACCCUCGCUGCUGCUGGCCAUGACCAUCUUGGAGAUUUACUAUCUGAAGCGUUUCUUUGAGGUUAAGCGUGUUGUUUAAUUGUGCGUAAAUAAAUAAUUGUCCUUUUACUCAGACAAAGCAAA